AUGACUCUCGACUACUUUCCGCCGCCCAAGAGCCCCAAUACCAUGUUCCUCGUAACGGGCGUCAACGGGCUCAUCGCCAGUCAUGUCGCCGAUCAGCUCCUAGCCGCCGGGUACCGGGUCCGCGGGACCGUGCGCGACAUCUCGAGAUGCCAGUGGCUCGCCGAUCACUUCGAAUCCCGCUACGGGUACAACCGAUUCGGCCUGGUUCAGCUCAACGAUUUCGGCGCCGAGGGGGCGUGGGAGGUGACGCUGCAAGGCGUCUCGGGGUCGCGUCAGUCGCGAGCCCUACCUACCUCGAGGUGGAGGACGUCGAUUGCACCGUCGCAUCAGAGCUCCAAUGGUUCUACGCUCUUUGUCGGCAGCCAAAAGACGUCAUCCGUCAAGUCCUUCUCCUUCACAAGCUCCGCUUGGGCGGCCUACACCCCGAACCCCAACGUAACGCGCGUGCUGACGGAAAAUACGUGGAAUGAAGAGGCUGUGGCGCGGGCGGCGGAUCCGCGGCUCUCGGCGGAAGAAAAGGGCCUCGCGCCCUUCAUGGCGCAGGGUAGCACCUCUGGAAUGCUCCUACGGCUCUUCGAGGGCAAGGAUUACGAGAUUAUACUCAAGAUCUUGCCCCAGUGGUUCGUCGACUCGCGCGACGCCGGAAGACUCCACCUAGCCGCCCUCACAGACCCCUCAGUGGACAGGCAACGGCUGUUUGCAUGCGCCGAGAGGUACAGCUGGCCCCAAAUCCUCUCCCUCAUGCGGACCCUGUACCCUGAACGUCAAUUUGUCGAGCUCGAAGACCAGGGCUGGGAUCAGACAACCGUGCCUAACGCCAAAGCAGAGGAACUGCUCCGGAGGCUAGGAAGGUCAAGCUGGGUGUCGCUACAAGAUAGCGUACGAGAAAACAUCGAAUGCUACUACCACCCUAGCUAA